CACAUGGUUAGUAUAAAAUAAAAUGGAAUCCACUUUGGCAUGAAAUUAAAAAUCAGUGGAAUCAAAAUCGACUAGUGUUAAGCGGGGGAGUCUAUGAAGAGGAGGGUUCAAGAUAGUUCAAUUGAAAUUAGGUUUAUCGUCAUAUUCCCCACAUGGGUGUCGGUCGCAGAGAUUAUAAAGACAGAACUGGCUAAAAGGAAUAAUAAUAGUUGCUAAUCCGUUAAGGAGGUACCACUAGCUGAGAGCAGUCGAUUGAAGAACAAUAAUAACGCGCGUUACCAUUAUCGUCACUCUCGUCUGCUCACAUCAAGGAAUAGGAAAGAUAGUGCAAUAUUUUGUAAAUAGUUUCGUAUAUAGUUAAAACUGUUUGUUUGAUUUGAGACAAUAUAUAAUGUUGAUUGGAGGAAAUUAUGCAUCGCUAUGCAGUAUAGGACUGUUUCUUGUUAUCUAUUCGAGUUCGAGUUAUGCUUUGAAUUUGCAGCACGCUCCGCCAAAGAGAUUGUUUUGCCCGUGGUGGGGAUGCACGGCGAAAGCGGAUGGGGAGAAACGUUCUGCUAUCCAAAACUCAAACAAUAUUCUCGAUACUCUAGCCGCUCUAGGCACCCAGGACAAUGUCGUAACUGCACGAGACUUUGACCCAGGGUUCUUUGCAGAAGAGACAGUUGCGACUGAGGGCAUCUCGCCAAAUGAUCUUAGUACGGUGGAGUCAUUGGCCCGUAAAUUGUCUAAAAAUAAAAACAUUCUGCAGCACAUAACCUUCUGGGAAGAUGCCGUUUCUCAACUAAGAAAUGAUUUAUCAAGAAGACAAUUUUCAAAUCAAUUGCAGAACAUUCAAAAUGCAUUAUCCACGAGGAAGCGAAGGUCUCUCCCUGUCGUGAAGAACACAAAGGUGGUGAAUGGUGAAGAAUAACGUGAUGCAACUUAGUGGUCGGCCAUAGAUCAACAGAGAUUCGAUAUGACGUCAUGGUCGUCUAUUGAGCCCUAACCCUUCUCUUGUUAACUCCAUCCUUGUUACUUCCGUGUUAAAAAGAGUGAUUCGUGCCUGCCGACAAGUAUCCAACUUCUAUGUACAUGUAUAAAAGAGAGACGCCUGUCUAAAUUCUACGUAUUAAAGAGAGACGCCUGUCAACCAUCUAUCUAA